AGUCGUCAUCGUGAAAUCGGACACCUACUUUCUCGAGCUUUCCCAAACAGACUUAUCUGCACUUUCCAGCUGUUCCUACAAAAGUAUACCAAACAUUCACGCAAAAUCCAAACUUUUAACACGAGCAACUCCCCUCAGAAGAAGAUCGAUAUCUACAAAAGUCGCCACAAACAAUCAAUCUGCUCACAGUUAUUUUUAAGAAAACAUCGGGAGAAGAAACACACAGGGCGGGAGGAAAGGGAACGCCAAAGGGGUGUUUCCUCUCCAACAAGAAGGAUUGAAGUGGUAAUUCAUUAAACAGCGUGAUUUUCUAAAUGCAUUGAAGUUAAUGGUCGGAGGUGAUCGUCGCGAUGUCAGGUUUAGUUUGUCGAUAAAGAGCAUUACUCUCCAUCACGGAUGGAGGAGAAGCCUGAUAGUGGGCAGCGUGAGAGGAUCACUGAUGACCCCUUGACCUCUGACCAGAAGGUCAAACUGCAGGGUGCAGAUUCCCCCCAGGGUGAUCAACACCUACCUAUCAUGCACUGGGAGGAUUUAAGCUUGCGAAUUGCAGAGCUAGAGAGGCAGGAAGAGCAAAGAAGGGAAAAAGCAGCGAGCCUGGGAUUACCGGAGCGAGACAGAAUUCUUGGUUGCUGGACAGAGUCGAAACACCAUUCACUCCAUAGGGAGCCAUGGACAGAUGAGGAAGACUAUAGUCCCUGCCGUGUCCCUGUCGUAAUGUCACGGUUUAAUAAUGCUAAAAAUCUUCAGCUCUGCUUCAUCAAUAACAGUGAGAGUGAGGGGGAGGAUGACGAAGGGGCAUCAAGCAAAGAGAGCUCAUGUGAGGCAGAGGUACGUAGGAGUUGCUCUCCAGGGCUUAAACAGGAAGUGAGAGCAGCACUAAGGGCUCUUCGAGACAAGUUAUGGGCCGAACAGAAAGAGAAGGAGGAACCAACGUACAGUAACAUGAACAUAAGGAGAACAAUUCUUAGUCUUAGUGAUCUGCAAACUUGCUCUUUGCUACAGCUAAAUGCGCUCAGGACCUCACUGAUUGAAGACAUUCAGGAUUUGAGCUCAGAACUGGUGAAACAUCUUGUAAUUCGGGACCAUCUUCGGACUCAACAAGAUGCCUUGCUCCUGGAUGUACAGGAUAUGACAUCUUUGUGAAUGACGCAUGUUUGCAACUCUGCUUAAACUGCAGUUUAACGUUGGCACUUUCUGAAAGCAGUAUAAUGUACUGUUACUCACCCUGUGGACUAACAAAUGCCAGAAUGUCCUGUUCACCUUGAAGAAAUGUAAUGCUCACAGAAAUGCAAGUAACAUUGUUUAGAGUCACAAGUUUUAUUGUGAACAACUUGGCCUUAAUAACAAACCCUAAUGUCUCAUCACUUAUGGGUUAACAUUGCUUCUAUACAUAGUGAAUAUUAUAAGCUGCUGUCAAAGCCAUAUGUGAUCAAUUACUGUGAUGUAUAUUAAUCAUCAGUUACUUUAAGCAUUCCUUUGAUAUACAGUAUAUGUAACUGUCAUGGGAAUACAAACAGCAUGAAUAAUGCUGUCUGUCAUGAAUAUGCUUUUUUUUUAACUCUCAUUUGUAUCAUACUUAUAUGUGAGAAAGAAGUAUAUCUCAAUGCUAAAUAUUCACAAUAAUUUAAUA